AUGGAGGUACUCGGUGCUGUAGCGAGCGUCGUUACCCUUCUAGAGGUCGGCGGAAAGGCUGGCAAAUUUAUCAAGGGGAUUCACAACAUUCCAGAGAGUUUUGCGGAGCUAAGAGAGGAGGUUGGCUUCCUUAAGGCAAUCUCUGCGGAGCUAUCGAAGGCCCAAGAGGCUAUCUCCAGUGGCAGUCACAGCACUCGCCUGAGAGCCUCUUGGCCCACUAGUAUUGAGAGCAUUAGGAAGACCUUUGAGGGCAUAGUACACGACCUAGAAGACAUCCAGACGAAAUGUGAGCGACAGCGGCCAGAAGCGGAGCCAGCUGCCAAACGGCGAGCAUGGCUAAGUCAUCGUACACGGAUCUCGACCCUCCUCAGAAAGGCCGAAAAUGCGAAGGCAAAUCUAGGACUGGCACUGAAUGUCUUUGCGUUGACAAUCAUGAACGCUCAGACCCCAACUACUGGACAAGGGGAUGCCCCCGCAAGAGUCAACGAGACAGAGAAUGAGAAGGAAAUCGAAACACCGCCGGCGAUGGAAGAGAACUCGCCAUCCAUUACAGUAACGGAAAUGCAAGUGAUAAACCCGCCUCGCACCUCCAUAGUUGCGAAAAUGCGGCAGAUAUACGCCGGUCGUUGUCGAUGUCACUACCAGAAGCAGCCCUGGCGCAUCCGGAGUCCGACGUGGGCCUCACAACUGGUUGGCGGGUUCGAGGUAAGAGCUUGGUCUGGCACGGCGGAUAACUCCUCUCCAGCUGCAGCCUGUACAUGCUCGCAAAAUGAGGGUGUGUCGCUGGAUGAUGCGCGGUCCCAUCAUUCAUUGGCAGCCAAAUUCUUCUUGGGAAGGUCAUUCUAUACUCUGGAAUUUGCCAUGCGUUCAGUAAACACAAGGCGAUUCAAUUCAUCUCAUUGGACACUCUUGGAGAAGAGUAAAGAUAGCAUACAGAUGAGAAUGAGCCACAGGGGUGUGAGGUAUUUCCCCGACGAUCAGCAAGAGGACGGGACUACCAUAGUACCGAUCAUGAUCGAGUUGGAAGGGUAUGAUGCUUUGGAAUUGUUGCUCAAUGAAUGGGAGAGCGUGUUAUCUCGAACUGGUUUUCCCCGGCAAGUCGGAUAUGCUGUGCGAGCUGAACAAAUGGCGAUGGUACAGUUCGAGGAACAAGAUGAACGAAAAGCUCGAAUGCUUGAGAAGGUGGCUUCAUAUGUGUGGGAUGAAGAGACAGAACCAGAAGCGACACCUUUCCACGAAGCUGCGAUUGACGGGGAUGCCUUGGAGAUGCAGUUGGUUUUGGACAAGCUGGGGAGUGCUUCUAUCAAGAUUAUUGAUGAUUUGGAUAAAACAGGAUGCUCAGCCCUGCACCACGCAUCACGCCUUGGUAAUCGAGAGGCUGUUCAAGCUCUGGUGGGAGGGGGCGCCAACAUCAACAUUAAAGACGGCAAGGAUGGAAUGACACCUCUGAUGUUUGCGGCAUGGCACGGGCAGGUCGAAUGCAUGCGAGCCCUGUUGGAGCCAGGUGGAGGUAAACGGAACGAGGUCAAUCAAAGAAGCAAUUUCGGUGAAACCGCGAUAGAUUGGGCCGUUAUUGGCUGCAAUCCCAGCAGUGUCCGCGUGCUAAUCGAACAUGGAGCAACGAUCUUAUCCUGUGACCUGGCCGGCUCGACGCUCCUGCAUAAAUUUGCGGGUGUCCAGUGCCCGGAACGAGACACUCAGGAGAUCUUUCGCCUUAUUCUCGAACCCGGCAAGCUGAGCAUCAAUGCCCGAGAUAAUCAAGGAAUAACCCCUCUUCUAAGGGCUAUACAGUUGAACAACUUGCCAACACUCCGCUGUUUAAUGGAAAGCGGAGCCUCUCGGACCGCUCGAGACAAUAACUCAAACAACUUGAUGCACUAUGCUGCUACAAGGGCGAAUUUGGAGAUAUUGGAAUAUCUCAUGACCCAGGACUUAUCUGAACUCAACGCGGAGCAUACUAACAAGGCCAAGAGAACUCCGUGGGACUGCCUGAUUCGAUCCAUCUACGGAGAGCCAUGGCGGCUUCGAGCACACGAGCGACAAGCCAGUGAGGAGGAAGCAGCAGCUUUUGCGCGGCUUCACCAGGCCAUCGAGUAUGCAAACACGGAGCAGGACAUCUCUCUCCUGCAGCACGCCCUUGACUCUCUGCCCAUUGAGAGCCCCGAUACCACCACAGCUUGCGCCCACCUGGCCCAGUUGAGUCAGAGGAAAAAAGAGAACGCAAACCCAGGUGACUAUGCAUUUUAUCGCGCUAUUGAGAACGAUGUACGAGCUUGGCCAAGCGGCAAAUCUUUGUCAGAUAUUAGGAACGCCAUACAGGAAGACUUGAACGAGCUGAUAAACUCAUUGAACGAGUUGACUGUUGUUGCGACUGGCGUGUCGUCAGGAUUGGGGUUUGAGGCGAUCAAGCAACUUCUCCAACAGGCGCAGCCUUACAAGGUGAUCCUCGGCGCGAGGAACACCGAGGCUACGGAAAAUGCGUACAGCUCGCUCUCGUUUGACCGAAGUAAACAUUCGUUGAGCGUGCUCCCGCUUGAACUCAAUAAUCUCAAAGAUGUCAAAUCGUUUGCGCGCCAGGCCCUCGAGAAGCUAGGCAAUGAUGACAUCGACUACUUGCUCCUGAACGCCGCAAUUAGCGACCCGGCCCAGGGACCCGGGCCACAUGGGUCGAAGUGGUCCGAAAUCCUGAUUGUCAACCAUACUUCUCAGCACUAUCUAGUUCAUUUACUUCGGGAAAAGCUCGCCGCGUCCAAGGCCCGUCUGGUCUUCGUCUCUUCUGGAGCAGUGCGGAAUGUCCCUGAUCCGAGUGUCCUGGAUGAAGACCUCCUGGCGGGGUCGGGCAAGGAUAGCAUGACCAGCUACCCGCAGUCCAAAUUCGUGGCACUUCUCGCCGCGCAUUGGUGGCGAAGGCAGUUGGCUGGCCAGUGCGAUGUCGUGGCGGUCUCUCCAGGUCUCAUUCCAACUACAGGGCUGCAGAGGGGAUCCAAGCUCUCAUUCCCAUCUGCUAUAAUGAAGGAUGCCAAAUCCGUUCCAGAGGGCGCGAAAAGCAUCUUGGAAGCCCUCACUCGAAGCGACUUCCCCGAAGAUCCCGAGCAGAUUUUCCUUACCAGCUGGGGCGAAUGGUGGCCAAAGGAUGUUUAUGCGCUCUCACUUGACGAAGCUCUCCAGAACAAGUGGUGCCAGAGUCAAGAGGAAAUCGAAACCGAGUUGGGUAUUACGGCAUAA